UACUAGCGGUAUCAUCCUCACAACAAACAGCAUUGCAGACCGCAACCGCAUUAAUCGGUCUGAGUUCAGGUUUCAUAUUCGCAGCCGCAGUCUCCAUAACAUCUGAUCUCUUUGGACCCAAUAGCGUAGGUGUUAACCACAACAUUCUCAUCACAAACAUACCAAUCGGCUCACUCUUAUACGGUUACAUCGCUGCCUCCAUUUACGAAGCCAACGCAAGCCCCGAUAUAACACCAAUAGUGUCUGACUCAAUCGUUUGCAUCGGAAGAGAUUGCUACUUCAAAACGUUUGUGUUUUGGGGUUGCUUGUCUAUCCUCGGCGUCGUCUCAAGUCUGUCACUGUACAUACGAACCAAACCGGUUUAUCACCGGCUUGAACAAGACAAGGUUUCAUUAACAUCAUCGUACAAGGAUCUUGAUCCAUUGUAAAUCAAAUCUGUAACACAAAGAAACCACAGAAAAGAUAAUUAGUGGAACUUAUUGAGAGAAAGACACCAGUUUUUGCUUACAUAUUAUAUGAAUAGAAUCUUAAAUUAAAAUUGUCUUUAAUAAAGUAAUUAGAUUAAAGCUUAAUCACACAUUUUGUGGGUUAGUCAUCAAAAUUGACGCGCACAGAAUCGGAGCCAACGUAACUGACAAAAUCAUGAAUUAGCCGUUGUGACGACUUUUAUCAUUUUCUUUCUCUCUCACUCUUAUUUCUUUCGUCUCCACCAAAAAGCAAAAAAUAAACCCUAAGAAGCUUGAUCUCAUCGAUAAUGGCGGAUUUUGGGUAUUUUUCAGAUACAGACGAUUCAGCAGUGGAAGAGCUAAUUUCGCAAGCGAAGGAGCUUUCUGAUUUGGAGCAAGUAGCUGCUAUCAAUUGUUCUGGAUUCACCGAUUCUACUCUUCCAGAUGAUCUCGAAUCUCGCUUCCGUCGCCUCAAAUCUCUUCCAGCUGCUCCACGACACGAACCGGUAUCUUCAUCUUCUUCGAUGAAUAGGCAGAAGCCUCUCUCACAUUCCAAAAGCGUGAAUGUGAAUUUCUCAGGAAAUCGAAGAAAUCCAGGUAAAAAAACUGGCUCUGUGAGUUUAUCUGAUGAAGAUUCGAGUAAUCUCUCGAGAAAAAAACGUGAUCUGGAUUUGAAAUCGAGUUCUCAAGCUGAGCUUGUCUCUAAUGGAAGUGGAGAUUUCUCAGAUUCUGGAAACAUCAGUGAGAGUAAAAUUCUCUCGCCAGUGAAACAACAAACGAAGAAGAAGCUUCCUAAAGAGAAACGAAGAAUCGUAUCACCAUCUUCAUCAUCGUCAAUCGAUUUAGCUACACCACCAUCAACAGAUUCAGAACCAGAAAAGAAAUCGAAACCGAAAUCAAAGUCGUCAUGGUUCGAUAAGUUAUCUCCGUCGAAACUCAUCGGAUCCAUUUGGCGUUCUUCACCGAAAAAAUCAACAACCAACAAGAAGAAUCUCAAAAACUGUAAAUCAUUUGGUGCUGCUACUUACUCUUCUGGUCGAGAGAGGAACGUUGAUUUCGAUGAGUUUUUAUCUGAUUUGAAUGCGUUUCCAGUGGAAGAUCAAAGGAAAAUGUUGAAGAAAGCGCUUAAGGAACAACAGAAGAUGAGGAAAGAAGCAGCUGAGAUCAUUAAAAUGGCGAAACAUGCAUCAGCUAGAUUCGAUUUUGAUGAUUGAGAGAUUUGGGAAAUGUGCAAUUUGGGUUUAUCUGGUUUUGUUGUUUUGGUUAUUUAGUUUUGAGUCCGGUUUGAAGAAAUGCUUCAUAGAUAUAUAAAUGUAACCAGAAAUAUAAAUAAAUCAUAACUAAGUAGUAUUAUAUUUUUGUUAAGCUUAAUUAUUUCAAUUCCAAGUCUUUCCUAAGAAUUUGUUGAAAAUUUAUAAUUUACGUUACACUUUGUAAAAUCAGAACGAUCCAAUUCACAAGAUUAAUGCUACGACU